UUAACUUAGCCAUCAUCACAACACUCACAGCCUCCACUGAUGUUCUGAAACCAGAAGAUACAACCCAGGAAGUGUGGGCACCUCGCAUUGUGGUAACAGCUGUUGCCUCUCCUGACGAUGCCCACCAUGAAGACCCAACUCGACCACCUCUGCCUUCAGAUGAUGAACCAGGACAGGGAACUGAAGGCAGCACGCAUCCCACAGAUGCCCCUGGGGAUGAGGUCCUCCACAGGACCACAGCCAGUACAAGCAAAGCUGUCUCUGAGGCCGUGGAUGGUGUUAACCCAGAGAAAGCAACCACGGAGCCACUGGCACCUGGCACUGCACCUGGAAGGGAGAACGAGGAAGCCAACACCACGGACGGCUCCUAUGUCAAUGGGAUACCUGGAGUUUUGUCAGACAUUGAAGAUCGAUUUAACCAGUUACGGACUCCUCUUCCUACUAGAUCCACCUCUGGUAUAUAUGGUAAUCAAGGACCACACAAGGGACAUUAUGAAUCCACUACUUUCCCUGGAGAGACCACAACAACAACAAUAGUUUCACAACAAAGGUCGUCCCGGGUACCAGAUUGGUUGAUCAUAGUUGCCACUCUUGUGGCACUUGCCUUGGUUCUUGCAGUGUGCAUUGCUGUUAACAGUCGGAGAAGAUGUGGGCAGAAGAAAAAGCUAGUGAUUAACAAUGGCAAAGGGGCAGUGGAGGACAGAAAGACAAGUGGAUUAAAUGGAGAUGCCAGCAAAUCACAAGAAAUGGUGCACUUGGUUCAUAAAGAACAGUCAAAUGACCGAACAGGAGCAUGUGACGAAUUCCUGACCGUUAAUGAAACACAAAAUCAUCAGGAGCUUGACAUGAAGAGUGGAGUGUAAUGGUACCAAAUUGCCAAAUAGGUCAGAGCUGGGGAAAUCAAAAUCACAUGGAACUUGGACAGGAAUUCACAGAUGCACUGUGCUACUGAUGUCUUUUGAACAGAAUUAAACAUAAGUUUUACUCAUUUUUAAUCACUUUAAAAUGAUGUCUGAGUUACAAAAUUGACAUUUGCUUUCUCAAAUAAGCCCCUAAGAGUUGCAUACGGUCUUCGGUUCCCAGUUCCUACACAGAGGACACUCACUGUGU